GCUCCUCGGCAGCUCGAGAGCUCCUCAUCUUAUCUCCCCGCGCCGUUACACACACGAUUGACAUAGUUACUAUAUAUCGCCCUCUAUAUACUACAUAAUGGCCUUUGCUCCUCGUCUUGCAUCCUCUGCCAGAUUGGCAUCUCGUGCAUUUGCUUCUGUACAACUUACAGCACCACUUGUAGCUUCCCGGGGCUUCCAUUAUACAUCCACUACAAUGGCACAGCAUCCUAUUGCUACCCUGAACGAGGAACUCGUCCCCCGCCUUCCUCCUUCUUCGCCCACUCUUUUCGAGGCCAAGAAGAAGAAGAACCUAUCUUUUGAGGCCAUUGCGAAGCAUGUUGGGCGUGAUGAAGUUGCAAUUGCUGCUCUCUUCUACGGACAGGCCAUGGCCUCAGCACAAGACAUCAAGAAGCUCUCAGAAAUUCUAGACAUUGAUGCCGGAAUGCUGGAGUCGCAAUUGUCUGGCUUUCCUAAUCGAGGCAGCACUCUCGACAUGCCGCCAAAGGAUCCCACCAUCUACCGUCUAUAUGAGAUUGUACAGAACUACGGACAAGCGUACAAAGCCGUUUUGCAUGAGAAGUUUGGCGACGGCAUCAUGAGCGCGAUUUCAUUCAGCACUAAGAUAGAGAAGGAAACGGACGACAAGGGCGAAUGGGCCAAGAUUACGCUGAGGGGCAAGUGGCUGCCGUACUCCCGAUUCUAAGUGGCUUGUAGUUCCCAUGGGAUGAAAUCUGUAUUGCUGUUCUUCAAUCUUAGUAAUAGCCCUCAAAAGAUAGUUGCUC